UGCUGUCACUCUCACUCUCACUCUCUUCGGAGUCUCAUCCUCUUCGUCCGUGUGCCUCUGGCUCACUCUACCACCCAAAGCUAAAAUCUAUUGUCCCAAUUCGUUUUCCCAAUUAUUCACUUCAAUUCAAUUCCAGCUAUGGCCGCCCCACCUUUAUACUUCCACGCUACCCUGUGUACUUCCCCGUCCCCUUCUUCUGGCCGUUCUUCUACCCUCUCUCUACUUUCCAGACCUCACUUCAACAGUUCCUCAACAAAGCUCAAAACUUUCUUCCCUCUCAAGCAUGCUGCAAAUGCCACCUCUACCACCCGCGGCGGUUCCCUCUCCGUUCGCAUGACUUGGGAUGGACCACUAUCUUCCGUCAAAUUGAUCAUCCAGGGCAAAAAUCUAGAGCUCACUGAUGCGGUGAAGCAGCACGUGGAGGAGAAGUUGGGGAAGGCCGUUCAGAAGCACAGUCACUUAGUUAGGGAAGUUGAUGUUAGGCUAUCCAUUCGAGGAGGAGGAGAAUUUGGGAGAGGACCCAGGACUCGUAGAUGUGAGGUGACUAUUUUUACAAAGAGGCACGGAGUGGUGAGGGCUGAGGAAGAUGCAGAAAGUACAUAUGGAAGUAUAGAUUUGGUGUCCUCAAUCAUCCAACGGAAGCUGAGGAAGAUAAAGGAAAAGGAGUCGGACCAUGGUCGGCACAUGAAGGGCUUCAACAGGUUGAAGGUUAGAGAGCCUGUGGAGCCGGUACCACUGGAUGAAGAAGAGAUAUCUGCAGAAGAGGAGGAAGAAACAAUUGAUGAGGUUGUCCGCACAAAAUACUUUGACAUGCCUCCGUUGACUGUGGCAGAAGCAAUUGAACAACUCGAAAAUGUUGAUCAUGACUUCUAUGCUUUCCGAAAUGAAGAAACUGGGGAGAUUAAUAUUGUAUACAAAAGAAAAGAAGGAGGUUAUGGAGUCAUUAUUCCCAAAGGAGAUGGUGAAGCACAGAAAUUGGAGCCUUUAGUGAUUGAACAAGCUAGAGAACACUCCCUGAAAGAAUGAAAGGAAUUCAAAAAGAAACCGUGUAUGUAAGAAGGCAAGAGCUUGUACAUGAUUAGCGGAUACUAAUGGUAGCUUCUGCGUGGCCGAAGUGCACAGGGAACUUCAUUGAUGGCUUUGGUGUUACAAGUGUAAAACAAACUUUUCGAUUUUAAAAUGGAAGAGAUGAAUCACAGUUUUGACUGCACAUAAUGUCCAGAUUCCAGAAUAAAAACAAUUUCCUCCGAUAA